UUUGGUUUUAUUUGUUCUGUAGACUUUGAAGGUAUGACCUUCCUUGAAACUGAGCAAGGAAAACCAUUUGUGUCAGUAUUCAGACAUUUAAGGUUACAGUAUAUUAUCAGUGAUUUGGCCUCCGCAAGAAUUAUUGAACAAGAUUCUCUAGUACCUUCAGAAUGGCUAUCUUCUGUGUAUAAACAGCAGUGGCUGGCUAUGCUCCGAGCAGAACAAGACAGUGAGGUGGGGCCUCAAGAAAUUAAUAAAGAAGAACUAGAGGGAAACAGCAUGAGGUGUGGUAGAAAGCUUGCCAAAGAUGGUGAAUACUGCUGGCGGUGGACAGGUUUUAACUUCGGCUUCGACCUGCUUGUAACUUACACCAAUCGAUACAUCAUUUUCAAACGCAAUACACUGAAUCAGCCAUGUAGUGGAUCUGUCAGUUUACAGCCUCGAAGGAGCAUAGCAUUUAGAUUACGUUUGGCCUCUUUUGAUAGCAGUGGAAAACUAAUAUGCAGUAGAACAACUGGCUAUCAAAUACUUACACUUGAAAAGGACCAGGAACAAGUAGUGAUGAACUUGGACAGCAGGCUUCUGAUCUUCCCUUUAUAUAUCUGCUGUAACUUCCUGUAUAUAUCGCCAGAAAAAAGAACUGAAAAUAGUCAUCAUCCAGAAAAUCCAGAAAACUGAAGAUCUCACCAGUUGGAAACAGUAGCACUUUGAAAACUUUUUGGCCAGCUUUAAUUUAAUGGCCCUGCAGAUAUUCACAUCUAAGGUGACUAACAAUGACAAAGGCCUUACGAACUGUACAGAUAAUACAGAAGACUAUUCUUAUCCUCAUUACAUUUCUAUGCAUAUAUGGAAAAGCAUUUUAAAGCCAAGAGAAUAUCUGUCAAACCAUUUGCUAAUAAAGAUAUCAACUCAUGCUUUUUAAUUUAGCAUCAGUAGAAAAUUGCUAUAGGAAAAUUUCACAUUCCUCUGCAACCAUAGAGUCAGUUUUCAGCUUGAACUUUGAUCCUACUUAAUGUUAGUGAACCUCAAUAAUCCGUCUGUUAGUUUCAUUUUUAUUUGACUAAAAGAAUGCUAAAGGAAUAAUCUGGCCAAUUAUAAGUGCUCUUUCAAUUGGUGUAUUUAAAGCUGUCCUUAAUUUUUUUUCAACUGCUCUUUAUGAUUCCUCCUACUAGUCAGAUAUUCUUCCAGUCUUUAUAUGUUAUUAAUCAUUAAAUUUUUUUUCAUGGUUUUGAAGACUAAGCUGAGGAACUUUUAUUUAACUUAAGCAUUUUCAUGCUUUUUUAUUUUGCUUUCCUAGAAUUUUAACAAGAAAAAAAUCAGCUUCAGACUUUCAAAUGAUCUUGAAUAGGGGAAGAAAAUUAGUUUUAUUCUGAGGAUAUUCCUUUGCCUUUAAUGGUCUUUUCUUUGAUGUUCUGUACAACUUUAUCAUUAGGUCACAGAUUAUUUAUGUACCAAAUAUUAUACUUUAAACAUUUUCAUAUUCUGUGAUCUUUGAAUUAUUUAUUUUCAAAUUUCAGUUGGGAAUCCUAUUUCCUACUUAAGCUCAGGACUUUAUAAUCUCCGAAUUGAGUGCCUUUGAGUUACACAUAAUAUUAGAAAUCUCAUAGUAAAUGUAAAUAAGGUCGGAGGAUAUCAUAUAGAAGCUGAUAAUAAAGCAUUAAUGUAUAAAUAGAACUUAUUUUUGUCAAAAAUGAGAUGUACAUUUUUCAUGAUUUAUAUAUGUUCAGUUCUUGGAUUUACUGCUAUUUUGAAAAUAGCCAUGCUCAUCAUCUUUCCAGUCAAAGUGAGUACUUUUUGUGGUUAAUAUAUAUUUUUAGUAUGUUUUAAGAAAAAUGGGAAUUACUUUUGUGUAUCUGUACAAAUAAAUACCCAUUUGGAGAAAGAAUAAAUAACAUAUAAAAUGAACCAAAAAAAUAACUCAGUUGAAACCAGAAUUUUUUUUCCAAGUUUGAUUUUUUUCUAGUUAGAUUUAACUUUUAGAACUAAUUGCUAGUUUUUAUUCCCUAGCGAUAUGUCCAGAGAUUCAUAAAUCACUUUUGUCCUUUCAAAAUUGAUCCUCAUGGUGAAUUUAAAGGAAACUUUUAAAUGCCUUCCCUAUCUCCACCCCUAGAACUGUAGUUUGAAUGGUUUUAAUACAAUAAUUUGGCUGUAUAAAGAGACUACAUUUCUUGUUUUUGUAUUUGGCUAUAUCUCUUUCAUGAGAUGCUUUUGUUUUUUUCCUGUCUUAUUGUAACAUCAGAGAUUCCUUACCCUUACAUAAAUUUAAGUCAAAUUAUUUAAAUAACUGAAUUUUUACAAAUCUUGGGAGUAAAGAUAAUUAAAGCUUGAGUAUAUUAG